CGACGUGACGCCUGACACGGAACAUCACCCCCAGCCAUGGAGUCGGAGGAAACCCGGAGACGGCUACAUCCGUGAGACAACCAACCAGCUGAUAGAUGGUGCUCACCAGUGGGAAUGCGUUUUGCUGCUUUAACAAAUUGCAGGCGUCUCCUGUGAGAGUCCUCCUGCUGCUCUUCUGUGGUGUCGUGGGUGUCGAGAGUGCCCGCAUUCUGAUGUUCGUACCCAUCGGUGGAAAAUCACAGAAGAACAUUUUCUACGGAGUGGGGAAUGCUCUCAGCUCCCGAGGCCAUGAGGUGGUGUUCUUCAACGCGUUCAAACCUUCAUCUCCCGUCAAAGGCAUCAGGGAAGUUGUGCCGGACAAACUGGCGAAAGUGUUUGCGGACGACAAGCUUCCCAACAUGUUCAAGUUGCACGAAGUGGGCGUGCAGGCCGGAUUUAAACAGUUCGCAACGUUGUUUUCCGAUGGCCCGAGGGCUACAUUAGAGAGUAAGGAAAUCAAUGACCUUUUAACACAAAACUUUGACCUGGUUAUUUUCGGCGUUUUCUGUCAUCCCUUUUACUUUCUGGCACACCUGCUCAAAGCGCCUUUCAUUAUUUUGACCUCGAUUUCAUAUUUUCCUGUAAUCACCAGUCCGCUGGGCUCGCCUACGCUUCCGGCCCUUCAUACCAUUCCAUUCAUCGCGGCAACUAAUCGCAUGGGUUUUAUGCAACGAGUCCAAAAUUUUAUGGGUCAUAUUAUAAUGCACACUGUGCUCUACGUCGUGUACCCCAUGCAUGUCGAACGAAUGGUUGCAGCGAAGUUCGGCGAUGGCGUGAUUCCUCCUGCCAGAGAGAUCGAACGCAAUGCCAGCCUUGUCCUACUCAACAGCAACCCAAUGAUCGACUACCACAAGCCGCUGCUGCCCAAUGUCAUCGAGGUGGGUGGACUGCAUUGUGCGGACGCGAAGCCCCUGUCCAAGGAGCUGACCAGCUUCCUCGGCGACUCAGAGUACAUAUUCUUCAGUCUGGGCUCCGUGGUACGUCCUCAGGACAUGUCUGCGGGCCAACGCUCGGCUGUGCUCAACGCCCUCGGUGCGAUGCCGUUCAAGGUCCUGCUCAAGUGGGACACCACAGACCGCGCCAACAUACCGGCCAACAUCCUGCCGUCCAAGUGGCUGCCACAGCAGGACAUCCUGGGUGACAGCAAGUGCAGGCUGUUCAUCUCGCACGGCGGCUUUGCCAGCGUUCUGGAAGCUCUCUGUCAUGGCGUUCCCAUGGUGGCCAUGCCAGUGACGGUAGACCAGCAUUGUAACGCGGCUCACGCUGUUGAUCUUGGCGUGGCGGAGAUCCUGACGUGGGAGAGCCUGACGUCUGAGACGCUGCAGGCGGCCAUCCGCUCCGCCAUGUCUCCCGGGCACCGGCGUGACCUGGCCGUGCACUGGGUGGAGCACGUGAUCCGGCACGGCGGCGCGCCGCACCUCAGGUCGGUGGGCGCCGACCUCAACUUCUUCCAAUACUACUCGCUCGACGUGGUCGCCUUCCUGCUGGCAGUACUGGUGCUGGUGCUGAAGCUGCUGGUGGCACUGGGCAAGUGUUGCUGCCGCUGUCUGUGCAGGCGGAAGACAGGUCCGGCGCAAACGAAAACCAAACGGUUCAAACGUGACUAGCUGCAUGCCAUCUUUACAGCGUGCCCACAAGUGCUGUAGUACAAGUAUCGGAAAGAAUGGCGGUUGCCUAUUCGACAUUGACAAGUUGAUUUGUCAUCAGGUGUGUAUGCACAUCGAGGCUGUCUACAUGCUAUCUUGGCUACAUGAUGCCAAUUAAACAUGUGGAACACUCUCAUUACGUGCGUUGAUUCGUCCGGCUUGCGUUUAUUCCACAAUAAUGUUUGAUAUAGCAUACUAUUUAAUGGCUUUAUGCAUAUGAGACCAGCAUUAGGUUGCCGCAACCAAACAGACUUUUGGUUAGCAGCAGCCGGGCUACAUCAUGGGUGUUGCGAGAACACGCAUUGGCAAGCUAAACAAAGCUCGAUACGUGUCUGUAGUUAGCAUACUUAAACACAGUUAAUGGCUUUCAUUUAAAGGCUUCGUCAAUCCGUGUUUACCACCCACUUGCCGUGCGCGCGUACGGAAGUCCUGGGUCGUCAUUAGCUACAUGUGGUAGCUGCAUGCGCUGACAAAUAUAUCUCCAAG